GCUAACGCCACGCUGGGUGGGCUGCCUGCAAAAAACAGAACCCCACGGCUUAGCAAAAGCGACUUCGGAAGAGCAAACAGCCAUCAUUGCCCUUUUGCAAGCACGCGACUACACCUGACCCAGUGCGGCUGUCUCUCAAGCGACAGACGAGAAUAGUGGUCCUACUGGAUACUUCUCCAUACGCAAUUACAUAACACGGCUUGUUUAUACUGAAAUAGGAAGGCUGAAGGAACAUAACUUUUGAAUUCACUGAAGCCACUCGCACUUCUCGCGUAUGCUUAUGCUUGAAUUCUGGAGACGCAGGGAUCACCAUUGACCGUAUGCUAUAGAAACGUUGUAUCCCGCGUAUUGCCAACAGGACAUUAUGGCUACUGCACAACCAGCCAAGCAAAAGUCUGGCUCUAGACAGGGCACGACAAACGAUCCGCUCGUAUGGAUUGACUGUGAGAUGACUGGCUUGAGCCCAGACACAGACGAAAUUAUAGAGAUUUACUGCAUAUUGACCACUGGCGAUCUGGAGGUGAUUGACGAAGAUGGCUUCCAUGCCAUCAUCCACCUCCCAGAGGAACGCAUGGCCCAGAUGGAUGACUGGUGCACAAAGACACAUCGUGAUUCUGGACUGACAGCAGCUGUGCUCAGCUCUACGACAACACCACAGCAGGCGGCAGACGCUCUAUACGAAUACAUCACCAAGUUUAUACCGGAACGCAAAAAGGCGCUGCUGGCUGGCAACAGUAUUCACGCCGACAGAGCGUUCUUGCGCAAAGAACCUUACAAGAAAGUAACACGGCAUCUUCACCAUAGACUGCUGGAUGUCAGCGCUAUAAAGGAAGCUGCACGACGCUGGUGUGACGAGGAAACAGUACGCCAUGUGCCCACAAAGAAGGGCCUGCACAAGGCAAGGGACGAUAUCCUAGAGAGCAUAGAAGAGGCAAAGUACUACAGGGAUGCCAUCUUCCGUCGGCCCAAACCUGCGCAAGAAUAACCUGGCAAUUGGUACCUGUGGCUUGUUUGGUAGAAUAGCGGUAUCGGGUUUUCAUAGGCAUACUAAGGAAAAAGCGCAACGGUAGUCGGUGAAGAAGCGCAGCGUUGCAAUUUCGGCCCAAAUCCAGGUACAAUCUCCACCUAGCUAGGCUUGAAUCGAUGGGCCAUGCAUAUUUCCAACAUAUUGAGAAAUCUCUGCCGCAGCCUGUUAUCGAAUUGGAA